AAACAAGAAAAUUCGUCCUGCCAAAUUUGUGAUGAUUGUGAGAGACAUGUUUCUUAUCAGCUUGGUAUUAUUCCAUCGAUUUACACAUGCAUUACUACUAUUCAUUUGACUUAUAACCCCUGGCUUUUUUAUUAGGAGCACUGGGCACUGCUAUUCAUUGAGGUGCUAGUUUCUCUCUUAAUAUGGAGGUGAAAAACAUACACCAGUUAGAAGAAGGAACUUAUGACAGGGAAGCUGAAGUGAAAGCCUUUGAUGCCACAAAACUUGGUGUGAAAGGUCUCGUAGAGUCUGGGGUCACAAAGAUCCCACGGAUUUUCAAUUCAGGCAAGUUGGACAUCACUGAAAAUGCACCCACUGAUUCCAUGUUGAAUGUUCCCAUCAUAGACCUCAAGGACAUUCACAACAAUCCAGCUCUGCGUGCAGCGGUAAUUGAUCAAAUUCGAAGUGCUUGCGAGGAGUGGGGGUUUUUCCUGGUGACUAACCAUGGAAUUCCAACAACUCUCUUGGUUGAUAUGAUUGAUGGAAUCCGUAGGUUUCAUGAACAAGUUCCUGAGGUAAGGAAACAAUAUUACACUAGAGAUUUAACAAGUAAAACUCUGUACUUUUCAAAUGCUAGCCUGUACAGAGACAAAUAUUCCAACUGGAGAGAUACUGUUGGAUGUUUAAUGGCUCCUAAGCCACCCAAACCUGAAGAACUGCCUCAUGUAUUUAGAGAUAUUAUAAUUGAAUAUUUCAAUCAAGUAAAGGCAUUGGGUUACAAAAUGCUUGAGUUAUUGUCAGAGGCUCUUGGCCUUAACCCGUCCUUUCUCAAAGAUUUGGAAUGUGGUGAAGGACUAUUUAUGCAGGGUCAUUACAGUCCACCAUGCCCUGAACCUGAGUUAACUUUGGCCGCUUCCAAGCACACUGAUCCUGACUUCUUCACAAUUGUUCUACAAGAUCAACAGGGUGGUCUUCAAGUACUUCAUGCUGAUCAGUGGAUUAAUGUUCCUGCUGUCCAUGGAACUCUUGUUGUGAACACGGGAGAUCUACUACAGCUUAUAACAAAUGACAAAUUUCUCAGUGUUUAUCACCGGGUCUUAGUGAGUCAUGGAGGGCCAAGAGUUUCAAUAGCUAGCUUCUUUGUAAACCCAGUUCAAGAAGAAGGUGCACCAAAGGUUUAUGGUCCUAUUAAGGAAUUGUUAUCAGAAAUAAACCCACCAGUCUAUAGGGAAACCACUAUAUCAGAAUUCUUGGCACAUCAUUUCGUGAAGGGACUUGAUGGGAACUCUGCCUUGAAGCCUUUCAAGUUGGGAAAGCAGGAACCAAUUUCCACUCCAUAAAAGAAUUUGCUCAAAUUGAUGCCCUCUUGAUUCUCAUUAUUGGGAUGGAUGUAAUACUUUAUCUAAAUAACAAGGCAGUUUGUGGCUAUCCAGGAUAAAUGACCACUUUUGUAAAAUAGUACUUGGGUUCUCAGGACUGAAUUAAUAAAUGGACUAUUUUCAUGUGUUGAAAGACUUA